AUGGUCGACGAAGAACCCUCCAUCAACAUCCCCUCCCUGCUCACAUUAGCAGUCGUCUCCUUCCUCGUUAUACGCUGGUUCCUGAACCGCGAUGGCAGCAACGGAGGAGUAAAUGCCGCUGGUCGUUCACGCGGUCGCCUGAUUGAUCCCGCACAGGUUGAGCAGAUAUCACAAAUGUUUCCACAGUUGAAUCGGAGGGAUAUCAUGUGGGAUUUACAAAGGAAUGGGGGUAGUGUUGCAGCGACUACGGAGAGGAUAUUGACUGGAAGGGGGUUAGAUACGCCACCACCAUCAUAUCAACCCCAGAUCCCACAGCCAGCAAGUCCCACUACAACUGCUACACCUACGCCAGUCGCAAAGCCUGGGUCUCAAGACCUUAUAUCGCGAUACAACCUCAGCCAGCGAAUCGCAGAAGAACAAGAAAUCUCCUCUAAGCCCCAGAGCGCCUGGUCACAGAACAAGAGCGAACGUCAGCGAUUGCUACAGAAGCGAAGAGAUGAUAUGAUUUUGGCGGCUCGGAGGAAACUUCAACAGAAAGACCGGGAGACUUCUCAUGCGCAGGGUCCUGCUCUAUAA